AGAGAGACAGACAGACAGAGAGAGAGGGAGGGAGAUCCAAGGACGGACGGCACUGAGGGGAGGGGAAGACACAAACACAUCUCCCAGUCACACCUACUUCACAGACUCACACAGCCUCUGUGAGAGACAGAACAGAUCUUGACAUUGUGAGGAAGAUGCAUGUCCACAUCAGAGGAGCAUCCAGGACAGGACAAUAGCUGCCAAACCCUGCUGAGACAGACAGAUACAUGCCAAGGACUACAAACACACAGGGAGAAAGAGAGAGAGAGAGAGAGUCAGCACUGCAAGCCCAGAGGGAAAGACAACAGCAUUUUAGGGAGGGCAAAACGGGGUGGAAGAGGCAACGAUUGCAGGUUUAUUCUGUUGCCUGAAAAAGGAGCCAUCCUUAAAAGGGUUUCUCCUCCUCUCCACACACGGACAUCCACUCACUGUCUCGCUGUCUGCAGAGAGCUCCCACUGCUGCUGCUGCUGCUGCUGCUGAGAGGCUGUAGUCUCUGCGCUCCUGUGCACAACACCAGAAAAGACUGCUUAAUAGUCCGAGACCAUGAGCGAGGCGAAGAAAGGUGAGCUAGCCAUCCGGGAUAAAGCCAUCCUGCACCAGCAGAGGCGUCUGAAGCAGGCCACCCAGUUCACACAUAAGGACUCAGCUGACCUCCUGCCCCUGGAUGGGCUGAAGAGACUGGGCACAUCCAAAGACUUGCAACCUCACAGCAUCGUCCAGCGCCGCCUGCUGGAGGGGAACAUCACACGGCUGCGGGGGGAGGCCCGCGACCCCAGCGCCAGGGUUCGCUCCCCGCUGGCUGACACCAAGGACGGCCACGCUGAUGCAGAGGAGAGGAGCGAGAGCACAGCCGACGACUCCACAGAAGAGAGGGAGUCUCUGGAGGAAAGCGAAAGGAGCCUACGGUCGGACGAAGAGGAUGACAGCAGCGAAGCAGCAGCCAGACAGACGGCCGAGAAGACUGAGGACACGGAGAGCUCUACCUUCCUCGCAGCUCUGGUGGUUCAAUGCAAGUGCUGUGAGACAGAAGUCAAGGCAUCCAUCAACACUGGCAGCCAACAUAACCACAUUUCCACCUCCUGCUGCCAGAGGCUGGGACUGGUGCCCAGUCAGGAUAGUUCACCAUGUGGUGUGAGCAGCUCGGUGACAGGUCUGCAGCUACAGCUGGGCAGACAGAAGGUCCAGUGUUCAGCCUAUGUCAAAGAGGAUGAGGCGUUUGAGCUGUGUCUGGGUCUUCAGACUCUUUUGGAACUUAAAUGCUGCCUGGACCUGAGCAGGCAGGUCCUGAAGCUGCAGGGCUGUGGCGAGGAGCUGCCCUUCCUGAACCCUUCAACCGACAGCCAGUGCCAACACGACACCAAUGAGAACCUGUGAGCACGACUCGACGGCGGCGACCCCCUUCCUCAAAUCUUGACCGGUUGCUGCAAUGAGGCGUGAUGCCGCUUGUGUCUGGACUGUCCAAUCACAGUGUCUCACACUGCCAGAACAUGGAUGGGCAUUUGCAGCCGUCUUUCUUGAGUUUACAUCAUUGUGUUUGUAGAAUUAAGACAUUCGCCAUGAUUAUCUCUUAUAUUAAAUUAAAUAGUUAACAGAGCGGAUGAAAGCCAGUUAUGAGCCGAUCCAAUCUCUGUGAGUCUAAUUAUUCUUUAUGAUCAAACUGUAUAGUCAAACCAACUCCUCUGUUGAGCUACUCAAGUACACUGAAGCUCACUAAAAGGGAAAAACCAUUAUAAUCAUUUAAAGUGAACUUAAGUGGAAUAUUACUCUAAAUCAUCAAGUAAAUAAAAAAAAGUGUUCAUUGUAAACCUAAAUCAUUUCAGUUUAGAUGGUGUUAAAUAAAUCUGUUUAUAUUUUGGGAGAUACACUUGUUCAUUUCCUUAGUGAGUUAUUGAAGAUAUGUGUGUAUGGUAAAUAUGAAGCUAUAGCCAGCUGGCAGUUAGCUUAGCUUGUCUUAGCAUAAAAUAGGGAAACAAUCCAAUGGAAACAAAAUCCAAAUGCAAGCACCUCUAGAACUUUAAUUUCAACUAUUUCAGCUGUUUGCUCAUCUCAUCAUCAUUUAUUCAACGAUUUAUACAUUACAUCUGCUAGCUCGCCAGUUAGCUUUAAAACACUCUCAGGCACGCUUUGACUGACAUUCAGCUUUAGCCAACAGCUGACUCUACAUGCACAUAUUUUCUCCUAAACAUAACAUAAAAUUGUAUUUCUUUUACAACUGGUUGAACUACGCUACAAUCUUUCCACAUAACCUAAGCAGCCUACCCCCUGCGGCAGGCUACGAGAAUCAGUGGGGAAUUUCCCCACUGCGGGACUAAUAAAGGUUUAUAAAGGUUUUCUUAUCUUAUUAAAUAAACAAGACUUAACAUGUUACUUUGCCAGCUUUAGGUGCUGGUAGGUGGAUUACCUUUGGCCAGAGCCAUCUGUUAGCUGCAGGCAAACACAACAGUAGUACCAAUCUCUCAACUGAUCAAGAAUGUGAAUGAGUGUAUUUCCCAAAAUGUCAAACUAUUCCUUUAAGAAUCAACAUGACUCAUCUAAAAGUGUUGGUACUCAGGAUGCCCUUUCCAGUGUGCCCAAAGGAAUCUCUUGAGAAGCCUUUAAGUUUUUUGAAAUCUUGUGUAAUUUGGUUAGGAUCAGGCUACCUCUAAGAGACAACAACAGGUUCUAAUCUAGAGUUUUAAAAAAGAUCUGAGGUAAACAUGACAGUUUCUGAUCUAGGCUACUUAUAUUCAACUAUGUAAAGCCCCUUUGCCCUUUCUUUCCCCAUCAGAGGACAUACGUUCGGUUAAGUUUUCCAGGAGCACACAUCCAGUCUCUCACGACAGCCCAGACUGAAUUACAGUAGUUCCCCAUAAAUCCCUUCUAAUAAAAAUAGAUUCCACGCCAGCCAGCAAAACAUAUUUGAGUCAGACUACAGAAAUAUCAAAACAUUCCAUCUGCAUGACUUUGUACAGUUCUGCCUUUGUAUAAGUCUGCAUGUUUGUGUACUAGUCUGAUUGUGUUAUGUUGAAAGUCUAAAGGGGCUGUAUGCGUGUUUUACGUGUGCAUGCGUGUGAACUAGGAGUCGAAGUGGGGUUUUAUUUCAUGCCAUGUUUUGGCUUGUGUGUCACAUGGGAAUAAAGUGGAACAGGUUCUAUCUACCCCCCCCGCCCCCCCAACCGGUCCACCAAGCUCCGGUCAGAAAAAGCUGCCAAAAGCCGACCCCAGCUGCCUUCCCUCUCUGAAUUUUUCAGGAGAUUCUCAUCAGUCGCCUGAGACUGCACUCUGUGCCAAGGCCUCUCUUCUUAAGCUCAUUUUCCUCUUCAUUCUUCUUUGUGUGGUUACCACCUUUUUUGGUUCAUGUUGCUUACUUUGACGCCACAUUUGCCUGUCACCAGAGAACGAGAACCAGUCCCUGCUGCAGUGCCACCUCCUUCUCCUGCCUCUCAUUGUUUUCAUCGUGUGGAAGAUCAAGAACUGCCUCAGAUCAUGCUCUGCUUUAAUGACACCUGAGCCGUGCUGUGCUUUUGACUGUGCUACAGUAUUCAUCUGACCUCUCUAUGGAAGUCAUCCACACAUAGAUUGGCAAUGUUUCUUUGACUUUGAUGUACUAGUGACCUUCCUACACCGUAUGAGAGGACAUGAUGUAUGACAGAAAUUUAUUUUUGGUGUUUCUCUUCUUCUCAAACGGUAUUUUCUCUGCCUAAUAAAAUAUGUAUUCUGGCUA